AAAAAGUUAGUGUCAUUUGAUAUCUCUAACUAGAUUAAAAUAAAAGAUUGCAGAAUAAUCUUGUCAGAGUUGACUAUUGAAAAUUUGAAAUGGUCAAAACUGAAUCUCAAAUGGUAGGUACUCCGCCAGGAAUGGUUUAUAAAGAACUUUUAACAUAGUUAGAAUAAUUAGUUGAUCUUAGUGUAAGAUAGAUAAGGAAGAACAAAUAAUGGAGAAGCUCAUUAUAUUAGUUUUCUUAUGCUUUGGUACUUUAUGUUUUAUGUUAACAUGUUGUAAUGCAGUAGACACAUUUUACCCAAAUGAACCCAUCAGAGACGGUGAUACCAUUGUUUCGACUAAUGGGCUUUUUGAAAUGGGAUUUUUCAGCCCAGGUAACUCCAAGAACCGAUACUUGGGGAUAUGGUAUAAGAAGGUCUCAAAUGGCACCGUUGUUUGGGUUGCAAAUAGAGAUACACCAGUUAACAGUACUUCAGCCGUGCUCCAAGUCAGUAGUGGUAGAAUCCUGCAGCUUAUCGUUGACGGUAAUACUAAUACCACUAUCUGGUCAUCUUCCCUUGUAUCAUUAAAUGAUAUCACACCAGUAACUCAACUUUUAGAUAAUGGAAACCUUGUUGUAAAGAAUGCAAGUAGUAAUGAUAAGGAUACGUUUAUAUGGCAAAGUUUUGAUUACCCUGGAGACACUUUUCUCCCAGGUAUGAAACUCGGUAAGGAUUUGAUUACAGGCAUAGAAAGAUACACAGUAUCGUGGAAGAGUAAUGAUGAUCCUUCUCGAGGCCAGUAUGUAGCAUUUUUGGAUACAAAUGGCUUUCCACAGAUAUUUGAUAGACGAGGAGAGGUUUUGCAGACUAGGAUUGGACCAUGGAAUGGGGUUCGAUUCAGUGGCAUGCCUAGUUUGACUUCCAACCCAACAUCAGUAAACGUUUUUGUUGUUAAUGAGAAAGAGAUGUAUUAUAGGUUUGAAGUUGAGGAUUUGGUUGUUUCAAGGAUUUAUGUUAACCCCGACGGCGUUAUGACACGCAUGAAUUGGGUUAAUGCAACUCAAAGUUGGUUCUCUUUGACGUCACCACCCACUGAUAGUUGUGCACGAUAUGGACUGUGUGGCCCAUAUGGAAUCUGUAACACUAACAAUUUUCCUGUGUGUAGUUGUAUGGAAGGCUUUAACCAAAAACGCCCAGAGGAAUGGAGUUUGGAGAAUUGGUCUAGUGGGUGUGUACGUAGAACUCGUUUGGGUUGUGUGAAUGGGGAUGGAUUUAAAAGAAUUUCGGGUGUGAAAGUCCCAGACACCCGAACUUCACGGUAUAACUAUAGUAUGACUUUAGGCGACUGUGAAAUGGCGUGCAGGAUGAAUUGCUCGUGCACAGCAUAUGCAAAUUUAGAUAUUAGGAAUGGUGGAAGUGGAUGUUUACUAUGGUUUAAUGAGUUAAUGGAUAUGAGAGAACACAAUGGUGAAACUCAGAGUCUUUACAUAAGAAUGGCAGCCUCCGAAUUACCAAGUCUUCCAAUAGCUCACUCUGGUUCCGGCAAAAAGAAACAGAUAAUCAUAGCGAUCUUUUCAACAUUGGUUGCAGUGGUUCUGGUAAUUGUUGGUCUUGCAAUGUAUGCAAGAAGCAAGAAAAUGAAAAGACUAGUGAAAGACCUGAAUGACAAUUCUACCAAUGAUGGUCGGGAGGAAGUUGCAGAUUUACAAUCGUUUUGCCUGUCAAAGAUUGCCAAGUCUACAAAUAACUUCUCGGUCACCAAUAAGAUUGGAGAAGGUGGCUUUGGUCUGGUCUACAAGGGUGUGUUAGAUGAUGGACGGGAAAUAGCAGUGAAGCGGUUGUCAGAAACUUCUAGACAAGGGAUUGAUGAGUUCAAGAAUGAAGUUAGGUGCAUCGCCAAACUGCAGCAUCGUAAUCUUGUGAAGCUUCUAGGAUACUGCAUUCAAGGACAUGAAACAAUGCUGAUUUAUGAAUACAUGGCCAACAAAAGCUUGGAUUUAACAAUAUUUGACGAAACCCAAAGUUCAAUGCUUGAUUGGUCCAAGCGCUUCUGCAUUAUCCAUGGGAUUGCUCGGGGGCUUCUUUAUCUGCAUCAGGAUUCUAGACUUCGGGUUAUUCACAGAGAUUUGAAAGCUGCAAAUAUUUUGUUGGAUGAUGACAUGAACCCUAAAAUCUCAGACUUCGGUCUUGCUAGAAGAUUUAAAGGCUACGAGACUGAAGCAAAUACUAACAAAGUGGUUGGAACUUAUGGGUAUAUAUCUCCAGAGUAUGCAGUGCAUGGCCAUUUCUCAGUGAAAUCAGAUGUGUUCAGUUUUGGAGUUUUGGUGCUCGAAAUUGUGAGUGGGAAGAAAAACCAAGGAUUUGUUCGUGAAGAACACAGUGAUAACCUCCUAGGCCAUGCAUGGAGACUUUAUAAUGAAGAUAGAUCCAUUGAGCUUGCUUGUUCUGACUUAAGGGAUAAGUGCAACAAAUCUGAAUUACUCCGGUCAAUACAUAUUGGUUUGUUAUGUGUGCAACAUCAUGCCGAAGAUAGGCCUACUAUGUCAUCUGUGGUUGUUAUGUUGGACAAUGAAAGUACAUUGCCUCCACCGAAGCAGCCUGCAUUCUUCACUGAAGCAGGUUUGUUUAAUAAUAAUACUCAGUCAUUGGGCCCGACACAAAGUUCUGUUAAUGUCACAAUGACACUUUUAGAUGCUCGAUAGAAUACGUAGUCGUUCAU